CUCCGGGAGGCGGCAACCGCUCCAGAUCAGCCCUUCCCGCUCGGCUGGGGCAGCUGCGCCUCGGUUUCCUGGUGACUAUGGGGGACCCCAGCAAGCAGGACAUCCUGACCGUCCUCAAGCGCCUCCGCUCGGUGCCCACCAACAAGGUGUGUUUUGAUUGUGGUGCCAAGAACCCCAGCUGGGCGAGCAUCACCUACGGGGUGUUUCUGUGCAUCGACUGCUCGGGGUCGCACCGGUCCCUGGGAGUUCACCUGAGUUUUAUUCGAUCUACAGAGCUGGAUUCUAACUGGUCUUGGUUUCAGUUGCGCUGCAUGCAAGUUGGAGGAAACGCUAACGCAUCGUCCUUCUUCGACCAGCACGGGUGCGCCACCGGCGACACCAAGGCCAAGUACAACAGCCGCGCGGCCCAGCUCUACAGGGACAAGAUCAAGGCGCUGGCGUCCCAGGCUGCGCGGAAGCACGGCACUGACCUGUGGCUUGAUGGCUGUGUGACGCCGCCUUUGUCCCCCGCCCCGAAGGAGGACGACUUCUUUGCCUCUCAUGCUUUUCCUGAGGUGAGUGGCCCAGGAUGGGCCUCCGCACACCCAGAACCGUCUUUAACACCCCGGAGCGUGGAAGUCCCCCCAGCAAAUAAUGAAGGUGGACCGGAGCAAGGACCAAGUGUGGAAGGUCUUAACGUACCAACCAAGGCAGCUCUCGAGGUUUCCUCUCUCAUAAAAAAGAAACCAAGUCAAGCUAAACGAGGCCUUGGGGCCAAGAAAGGAAGUCUGGGAGCCCAGAAACUGACGAGUACGUGCUUCGAUGAGAUGGAGAAACAGGCCCAAGCUGUAGAUAAGAUGAAGGAGCAGGAGGACCUGGCCAGGACGGCGCCGAAGGAAGACUCGAUCGUCUCGUCCUUACGAUUGGCCUAUAAGGAUCUUGAGAUUCAGAUGAAGAAAGACGAAAAGCUGACCGUGAGCGGGAAGACGAAGGUGGAGUCGGAGCGGCUCGGCAUGGGGCUCGGAAACUGCAGGAGUGGCAUUUCACAUUCAGCAACCUCAGAUAUGCAGACCAUUGAACAGGAAACACCAGCCACAGCAAAACCGAGGAAAAAGUACAGCGAUGACAGCGAUGACUCCUAUUUUACUUCCGGCUCCAGGUACUUCGACGAGCCGAUGGAGUUACGGAGCAGCUCUUUUCCUAGUUGGGAUGACAGUUCAGAUUUCUAUUGGAAAAAGAAGAGCAUCAGAGAGACUGACACGGUUCUGAAAGCCACAGGCUAUUCAGACAGGCCUACUACUCGCCGCAAGCCAGACUGUGAGCCAGCUGGGAACACAGAUGAGGCCCAGAAGAAGUUUGGCAACGUCAAAGCCAUCUCCUCAGACAUGUACUUCGGAAGACAAGACCACGCUGAUUUUGAAACCCGGGCGCGGCUGGAGAGGCUGUCGGGAAGCUCCUCCAUCAGCUCGGCCGACCUGUUUGACGAGCAGAGGAAGCAGACGGCAGGAAACUACAACCUCUCGAGCGUGCUGCCCACGGCCCCCGACAUGGCGCAGCUGAAGGAGGGCGUGCGGUCCGUCGCCGGGAAGCUGUCCGUCUUCGCUAACGGAGUCAUGACCUCCAUCCAGGAUCGCUAUGGUUCUUAAUGCUGAUGUCACGUGCUUCCUGGAGAAAUCCCUCCCUAAGGAACCGACGCACCGCAGACUGCAGCGCAGGCGGCCCGUUGUGCAGGUGGCUCUCUGCCUUGUCCCGCAGUCCUAGACACGCUGACUCCUCGUUUCCUUUGAUGUAGAAGCCUUAUUGUCAUUUCUGUUUGGUCUUACUUCCUGCACAUGCCCUCUCUUUGCCAGGCCAUGCAUAUCCUCGCUUUAUUUCCUUGGAAUCUUUAGUUCUGACAGCUGGGGGCCUGGAGACAUGGCCCCUCCCACCCCUGAGAACAGAGAGCCUUGAGUGGGGUCUCAGCGUGUUCGACCCGGGGGCUAGGGGCUCAGAAUCAGCUGGCGCCAGCUGGGCCUGGAGAAACGAAAUCCACAACAGACAUCUCAGUAGCAAUGGAGCAAAAAAUAAAAACAAAGACCAAAAUGGCGUCUCACUGACGGAUUGCUUCGUGAUAUUGCACAUAGUCAGGUGACUUCAAAAUAAUGUUUAAAGUCACCUGUCCCCUUGUAAAUUGUUUAUUUUUAUGACCUAUAAAUUCCAAAAUAAUUUCAGUGAGUGCUUUUAACAAACCUAAGUUUCUGCGUUGCCGAGGGAACUGAUCUUUUGACAAGGUGUGGCUGUUUGAAUCUAUGAGAAAUAUAAGAUGAGAACUCCCUAAGUGCAUUUAUAAAUCGAUAGAGUGUACAGAAUUAAAAAUGAAUAAGGGAAAAAGAUACACUCACGGAAAACAUUUCAGUAUGUGGGAAAAUAGUAGUUGUAAUUGGGUAGUUUUGUUAAUAUUUUUUAUCUUAAUAUUUGUUUUUUAAAAAUUAUAGAAUGUGUAUAAAUGAAGAAAAAUAACUUGGCUGUGUUUUAGACAGCAUUAGAACAUAUUGUUCAGAACAGUAAAAUGUAUUUGAAAUUCGAUGAACCUGAAAUAUGGUUCCAGCUGAAUAUUUUGUGAAUCUUUCUUAAAGCUCCGAUGAUUAGACUUUGAAUAAACAGUUGCCGCAGGG